CUUCUCCCUCAGGGAAUGGCGGCAGCCUUAGAGGAGGUUCUCACAAUGGCUGAGGAUUUGAGAACAGCGGUUGCCAGCCAGACGAAGAGACUGAGCAGCAGCAGAGAGGUGGUUGAAAGGCUGGAAGAAAAUGGACAUCAAAAUAAAAGGUUGAAGAGGGAUGCGGAUGAGGAAGAUGCAGAGGAUCAGAAUAAAAAGUCACCCAAAAGGAAGAUUGUGUUGUUGAUGGCAUAUUCGGGGAAAGGCUAUCAUGGGAUGCAAAGAAACGUGGGAUCUUCACAGUUCAAGACAAUUGAGGAUGACUUAGUAUCUGCCCUUGUUCAGUCAGGCUGCAUCCCAGAAGACCAUGGGGAAGAUAUGAAGAAAAUGUCUUUUCAGCGGUGUGCUCGAACAGAUAAGGGUGUGUCUGCAGCUGGACAGAUUGUGUCGCUAAAGGUCAGGCUAAUAGAUGACAUCUUAGAAAAGAUCAAUAACCAUCUCCCUUCUCACAUCAGAAUUCUGGGUCUGAAGAGAGUCACUGGGGGAUUCAACUCCAAGAACAAAUGUGAUGCCAGAACCUACUCUUAUAUGCUGCCAACAUUUGCCUUUGCCCAUAAAGACCAUGAUGUGCAAGAAGAGGUUUAUCGACUGGACAGAGAGACCCUUGAAAAAGUCAAUAAACUGCUUGCGUGCUAUAAAGGGACACACAACUUCCACAACUUCACGUCUCAGAAGGGACCCAGGGACCCCAGUGCCAAGCGGUACAUAAUGGAGAUGUACUGUGGAGAGCCGUUUGUGAGGGAGAACGUAGAAUUUGCAGUGAUCAAAGUGAAAGGUCAGAGUUUCAUGAUGCACCAAAUAAGGAAGAUGAUUGGGCUGGUGAUAGCUAUUGUGAAAGGUUAUGCUGCUGAGUCUGUCAUAGAGCGCAGCUGGGGAGAGGAGAAAGUAGAUGUCCCCAAAGCCCCAGGACUCGGUCUGGUUUUGGAAAGAGUACACUUUGAAAAAUACAACAGACGUUUUGGAAAUGAUGGGCUGCAUGAGCCACUGGAGUGGACAGAGGAGGAGGAGAAGAUUGCUGUUUUCAAAGAGCAGUAUAUCUAUCCUACCAUUAUCAACACAGAAAGGGAGGAGAAAUCCAUGGCAAACUGGCUAAACACCCUCUCCAUUCAUGACUUCAACUCCUCUGCUGUUGGGAUGCAAGCUAACAACAAAAAUUCAAAGAACAGCAGCGAUCUCGAAGGCAGUGAUGGUUGUGAUGAUGAUUCCGACUGAGCCAGUAAGUGGCUGGAUGUGGGACUGCUUGCAAUUCCCUUUGUCUACAAAAAAGUGGCCUUUCUAAAUCCAAGAAUCCAGUAAAGCAGGGGUUUGUGUGCUUGCAGAACAAGAACCUGAUGCCCAGGAGAAACUGGGUGGGGAAAACAGUACAGUAGAAAAAGUAAAAGAAGGUUUUUAUACCACUGACUGAUUCACCUGACUGGCAUACUUGAAAAUAGCAUAACAAGAAAGAAGCUUUCUAAAACAGUCUUGUAAUUCAGGAUAUCUUAAUUGCUAUUUGAACAUUAGUUCUUAUUAUAUGUUUACCUGGAAAAUAUUUUAAAUAUGUAUAAUCUCUACAUAAAGAUGGAGCAAAACCAUUUUAAUAUACUCAUUUUUUUAUUAUUAUUCUGAUGUUAUGACUCCAUGAAUUUUUGAUAUUUUUUAGUUAUUAUUUUCUUGUCCUUUACCUAACUCGAUCUCUAAACACCAUUUAGCUUUUAUUUUCCAUGGCAUCCAUGACUUUCCUGUGGAAUAACAUGCAUGGGUUAGGGAACUCAUUAUCAUGCUGACUGCUGUGAAUUCUUUUACUGAAAUUUUCUGUGUUUUCUAAAGCUUUGCAAGUCUGAAAGAAAUGAUUCCUUACUCAGUGAGAGGUCUUAGUUUUGGAACAUAGACUGAACCAUAUAUUUCAAGGUGAGAUCUUUUCUUCCGGAGAUGUCAUCUUCCCAUCUUCCCAGUAUUGCCCGCAUGCAUGGCUAGGCUGGAGGAUAAUAGAUCCACAGCUACUGUGUAACUGGGCCCUUACUGCCUGAGGUGUCAUUUCACACAUCUCUGAGAUGUGAGGAGAAGGUGUAAAUUAGUUGUUAGGACUGGUUCAGGUCACUGUGGUAGUGUUGCCGGUGGUGGAUCACUCAAUUUGUUGCUGCUGGUUUAGUAUUUCUGUUUUUAGUGGAAACUGUCUAGCAGUCUGCUAGAUUCGGGUUGAAUCAACUUAACAUGGGUGAAAGGAAUGGUGCUGACUUCCUCUGGGCUGUAAUCAAGUCUGCAUUCACUUUGUGUGUGUGAACUCUCAAUUCCCAUCAAGCUGCUCAGAAUAGAGGAAAGUGUGCAAUGAUGUGGGAAGCACAUGUCUGAGGACUGUCUUCCUUUAGGAAUCAAUUUUAAUUUUCUGUGUUUUGGGGACCUGCAUACUCUGGAGUUCUUUCUCUGCUUUCCUCGGCUGCGGUUUGAGUUCGGGUUCUUGUUUAUAACUCUCGGUGGAGGUGGUGGAAGUCAAAAAGGCAGCAGCCCUGCUGCCCUCCCUGCGUGGACGGGGUGGACAAGCCUCUCUAAGCAUUCCAGAGUUAGUACAAGUGCUUGAUAGGCUUUCCUAGCUGGGUCUGUAUGGAGACUAGCUUUGUAAUAUGGCAGUUACUGAAAAUGAGGAGUCAGCCCUGCUCCUUCAUUCAGUGGUUUCCAGCCAAAGCCUCCAGGCUCCUUCUGGAUAUUUUUUUUUUUUUUCCCGAGAGUACAGCUGUCCUUCAAAAAAGGAUUUGUUUGUUCUAUUUUAUCAGGGGUUUAAUGAGAGCCUUUUAUUUUAUAGUGAAGGUCUUGCUCUGUUUUAUGAGAGCAAGUGCGUAAAAGUGUUCUGGAGAGGGACUCUACCUAAGUUUUCAUUUAUAUCCCUUGCUGGUUCAUACUAUUGACCUAGUCUACAUUAGUCUUCUAUCCAAUCCUCUAUCUUUCUAUCUCUUUCAAUCUGGAGAAAAGACCUUUAUUUGAUUAUAACCACCUUUAUUUGAUUACAAUGAAAGCCCCAAAACGGACAUGUAUCUCAGUUGAAGUUAACGAGAACUUCUAUUUAUAACCUUUGGAGAAAACACAAUAAUAGUAAU